AUGCCACCGACUACACUCUCAAUCGAUAUUCCCACCUCGUACGAAACGAUCAGCCUCUCCCACAUCAAACUCUCCCAUCAUCCAGCCGGCGCGCCAACCGCCACGCCCGUUCUAGUUGUGACCUUAAACCGGCCGGAGAAGUACAAUGCAUUCACUCCACAGAUGGCUGAUAGCCUGGAGCACGUUUUCCGAAUGAUUCAUUUAGAUCCUCGCGUCAAGGUAGCUGUUUUAACGGGCGCCGGCAAGAUGUUCUGUGCUGGGUCGGAUCUAGAUAUUGGAUUUGGAGAUGGGAAGGGGAGGGCUGUGGAUUUUCGAGAUAUUGGUGGUCGAGUGGCUAUAGCCAUGCAUCGAUGCCAGAAGCCGACAAUCGUCGCACUUCAAGGCUCUGCUGUCGGUGUUGGCAUGACUAUGACCCUGCCAGCUGCUGUGCGGAUCUGCCACGAAGAGAGCAAAUAUGGCUUCGUGUUCACACGACGAGGACUGACGAUUGAAUCCUGCGCUUCGUAUUUCCUCCCCCGCCUACUAGGAUUCUCUCGCGCCAUGUACCUCAUCUCGACAGGCGGUGUUUUUCCUCCUUCCCCUCAGCAUUUCGGGGACCUGUUUGCCGAGGUCCUACCAGAGGCCGCGCAGGUGCUGCCCCGGGCGCUGGCGCUUGCUCAGGACAUGGCGGCGAAUGUUAGUCCGUUGGCAUCGACCAUGAGUCGGGCCUUGAUGUGGGAAGGCCCAGACUCGCCAGAAGCAGCACAUCUGCUCGAGUCCCGGGUUUUUCACCAUAUGAUCGGUCAGCAGGACUAUAAGGAGGGUGUCACUUCGUUUUUGGAAAAACGUCCUCCGAGAUUCAAUACCAAUGUUCACGAUAAUGGGCCGACCGACUAUCCUUGGUGGCAGGAAGUACAUAUUGAUCGUGAGCCUCGAGCUUCGAAGGAAUCGUCCAAGUUGUAA